UCCAAUUCCAAAAAAGGUUUUCCUUUUCGCCUAUUUAAUCUCAACCCAUUUCAUAUAACGUCAAAAACAUUAUUGGGUUUCCAUUAACAACUAAACAAAAAUGGGUUUUGCUAAUGAUCAAGAUCGGUUCUGUUCAACGCCUAAGCUUCCUCUGUUUUCAUAUCCGAUGAACAGAGCAUAUGAAACUCCGGGAUUAGCUACACCGCCGGUUAAUAUUGCGGGAUCUGUUCCUUUUCUAUGGGAAGAAGCUCCGGGAAAGCCUCGUUCUUCCAUCAGAAAACCGGCGAGAUCGAACCAAACCGGAGAAAAAAGAGGAGCCGCGAGAUGCUUGGACCUUCCUCCGAGGCUGCUUUUGCCCGGAGAAUCUUGUAAAUCGUCGACGGCGAACGAGCCUUCUCCGACGACUGUUCUCGAUGGUCCUUGCGAUUUACGUCGCCGUUCGCUGUCGCUACCGAGGUCGGCGUCUGUAAUUAGGAAGCUGAGAGGUGUUCCGGCGCCGGCGAAGGAAAAGAGAUUGUUUGGGUCAAGUAGAUGGGGAAGUUUUGGGAAAUGCAAAGAGGCUUCGGAGGGUAUUUUCGACUUUUCACGUUUCAGAGACGAAGGUUGUGAUUGCCGGAGGGAUUGGGCCGGAGGAGGAGGUUAUUUCGCCGGCGACGACGGCACAAAAGUGAAACUUUUUACGGUUAAAAGGAAAGGAAGCCUUUUUAAUCUCUCUCACACAACAAAGUCAGAUUUCUGGGCAAGGGUUUACGAAGGGUUUAAGCAAGUGAUUCCAUGGAGGCGUAAGCAAGAGAAUCUGUAAAGGAUGAAUUCUUCCACUAUUUAAAUCGAAUCUCUCUUAAAAAUUUCUUCUAAUUCUAUAACUGAUUAAUAUACUAAUUAACUAGUCUGAUCUUGUGUAUACUUUAUUUAUAUACAAUCUGUCAAGGAAACAAUCUAUAUUAAGUACAAUUUACAAUGAAAAUUAGGGGUUUCACUUUUUAUCUUCCUUACAUUUCAUUUUAUAU